AUGGAGAAAAAUAAGUCGACCGCCAUUGAAAUUGCAGAAUCAAGCAAAGAAAGCAAGGGGAAAGCACCCCUACUUGCAGCAGCAGUCGGGCACGAUAGGGCAGCCGGGUACAAAAGGGGUGUCUCGAUUUUCGACCUCAUCUUGCGUAUAAGUGCCGCUACUGCAGCUUUAGCUGCCACCAUUGUUAUGGGGACAACCGAGCAGACCCUUCCGUUUUUCACACAGUUCUUUCAGUUCCGGGCACAAUACGAUGAUCUGCCGACUUUCACGUUUUUCGUGGUGGGCAUGGCUCUAGUUACGGGCUACCUUAUCUUGUCUGUGCCCUUUUCCAUCGUGUGCAUUGCUCGGCCGGUUGCUAUUGGACCUCGUUUCCUUCUCAUAGUCUGUGACACACUCACGGCAGUUUUGGCUACCUCGGCCGCUGGUUCAUCGGCAGCCAUAGUGUACUUGGCCCAUAACGGGAACUCGGACGCCAAUUGGCUGGCCAUAUGCCAACAAUUUAAUGACUUCUGUCAGAGGGUCAGUGGAGCUGUGGUGGCGGCUUUUGUGGCGGUGGUUCUGCUUAUAUUCCUGAUCGUGCUUUCCGCUAUGGCUCUAAGGAAAAACUGA